AUGGAGAUGGGCCAAAGCCACCGGCUCCGCAGCGAGCGGGAGCGGCUGCGGCACCGCUGCCGCCGCAAGGUGGAGGAGCUGCAGCCCGUGGACCAGGUCAGCGCGGUGGUGAUCGUGCUGAGCGUGGGGAUCACGCUGCUGGAAGCCUGCUACAUCUCCCACGACUGGAUCCGCGAGUUCUCGGACUUCGCGCAGGGGCUGUUUGCCGCCAUGUUCGUGGCGCAGCAGAUCCACGUGGUCUACAACUACUUCGCCCAAAGCACAGGCCCACCUCCCAGUCUCUUCAGCUUCUUCUUCACAGACCGUCGCGCAGCUUGGAACUUGUUCGACCUGGUGAUGAACGUGACCAGCCUCCUGGACAUCUUCGUGACCUCCUGGGAGGGGCGCUUCGUGCACGGCCUGGGGGCGGUGCGGGUGAUGCGGGUCAUGCGCCUGGUGCGGCUCUUCGGGUCCUCCAAGUUCCUGGACGACUUCGGACGGGUGACCCAUACCGCCCUCUGGCAGAUGUUGAACUUCUCUAUCGUGAUCAUGGGAUCGCUGGCGCUGGCCAGCGUUGUGGCCACGAACAUGCUCUGGGACUUUCCAGAGGAGUCAGUGGCAGCGAAUUACAGCGACAUGCCUACCACCAUGUGGACGCUCUUCAAGAUCAUGACCAUGGACGGGUGGAUCGACUGCGUAGAGCCUUUGCUGGAGCUGCACCCUUCCCUUUUGUUGUUCUUCGCCUCCUUCGUCUUCUUCUCGCUGUCCUCCAUUUCGAUCGUCCCUGCCAUCUUCAUCGAGAUCCUUAUCGAGGACCGAGAGAAGCACAAGGCGGAGCGGCGCAAGCGCCAGCGCCUUCGCGCGAAGCUGCGACAGCAGCGGUUGGAGCUGGAAGAGGACGAGGACAGCUCCUGCAACUCCGCCUCCUCCCUGGACUCGGGGCGGGAAAUCACCCGGACCCGCUCCUCCCCGCAUCUGCGGCGGAGUAGCUGGGUGGACGAGACACGAGACUCACGAGACAGGGAGCCGGAGGUUCUGAAGCUGAGGCUGGCCCAGGAGGAGAUGCAGCGCCUGCAGGCGACGCUGCACGAGGCAGUGCAGGAGCUGCGGCGGGAGCUGCUGCAGUGCCUGGAGCGGAGCGAGUCGAAGAGGAGCCUCGCCCUGGCGCCCGCCUCUUCCGCCGAGAUCGCUCCUGCGCGAUCUGAGCCGCGCGAGGCGCGAGGCGCGUCCGAGGCGGACCCGUGGCCCUCGGGGUCUUUGGACGCCGAAUGGCAGACGUGGCCGGCGCGGUCGACGUCGCAAGCGGAGAGGCCGACGGAGGAGUUGGACAAGGCGGAAGACUGGAAGCCAUGGAAGCCGGGCUACGGCCUGCAGUUCCCGCCCGUUUGA